AGCCUGUUGUGGCGGCGGCAUCAUGGCGGACGUGCUUAGUGUUGGAGUGAACCUGGAUGCCUUUGCGCAAGCUAUUAGCGCCAUCCAGGCGCUGCGCUCCAGCGUGAGUAGGGUGUUUGAUUGCCUGAAAGAUGGCAUGCGGAACAAGGAGACUCUGGAGGGCCGGGAGAAGGCCUUCAUUGCGCACUUCCAGGACAACUUACAUUCGGUCAACCGGGACCUCAAUGAGCUGGAACGUCUGAGCAAUUUGGUAGGCAAGCCGUCUGAGAACCAUCCUCUCCAUAACAGUGGACUCCUAAGCCUAGACCCUGUGCAGGACAAAACUCCUCUCUAUAGUCAACUCCUUCAAGCCUAUAAAUGGUCUAACAAGUUGCAGUACCAUGCAGGUCUGGCAUCUGGCCUUUUGAAUCAACAGUCUUUGAAACGUUCUGCUAACCAGAUGGGAGUAUCUGCUAAACGGAGACCAAAGGCUCAACCCACCACUCUUGUUUUACCACCUCAGUAUGUUGAUGAUGUGAUCAGCCGCAUUGACCGGAUGUUUCCUGAAAUGUCAAUCCACUUAUCCAGACCCAAUGGAUCAUCAGCAAUGCUUCUGGUGACCUUGGGAAAGGUGUUGAAAGUGAUUGUCGUCAUGCGCAGCCUCUUCAUUGAUCGCACAAUAGUAAAGGGAUAUAAUGAAAAUGUCUACAUGGAAGACGGCAAACUUGAUAUAUGGUCCAAGUCCAACUAUCAAGUAUUCCAAAAGGUGACAGACCACGCCACCACUGCCCUGCUGCACUAUCAGCUGCCCCAGAUGCCAGAUGUCGUGGUCAGAUCCUUCAUGACCUGGUUAAGAAGUUACAUAAAGCUGUUCCAGGCCCCAUGCCAGCGCUGCGGGAAGUUUCUGCAAGACGGCCUUCCCCCGACGUGGAGGGAUUUCCGCACCCUCGAAGCCUUCCAUGAUACUUGCCGCCAGUAG